AUGUCCAAUUUACACACUAAACGCACUUCUGUUCUCUCUCAAGCUACUCUUCUCUCUCUCUCUUUAUCGACAGCAACGUCUCUUGUCCUACUCCAACUCCUCACACGCGCAGUCACCUUCAUCCUCAACCAGGCCCUCGUACGUAUCGCACCUCCAGAAGUGUUUGGCACCGCAAGUGUGCAACUCGAUCUUGUACUGUCGACAAUAUUGUUCUUGUCUAGGGAAGGUGUUCGAAACACGCUGCUAAGGAGUACCGACCAAGGCAGGCAAGCACAACAGAGUGCUAACCUCUCCCUUCUCCCGAUCUACGCUGGUCUGCCUCUCUCUCUCCUUACAUCUAUGGUAUACUACUCCCUCACGUCUUCCACUACUCGCACACAAUCCCAUUUCACUCUCGCAGUCGCACUGUACGCGCUGGGGGCAUUCCUCGUCCUCCUCGCAGAACCGUGGCAUGUGCGCGCGGUGAACGAGCUUCGGAUGGGCGCUCGAGUACGAGCAGAGGGCGUUGGUGUCGUAUCACAGAGCGUAGCCACGUUUAGUAUGAUGCUCCUAGGAGGCGCGGAAUGGGCACUCGCAGCGUUCGCAGUGGGAAAGGUCAUGUACGGUAUCGUACUCUGUCUAGUCUACAUCUGGGAAUUCCGCUCCGACUCCCCAUUCUACUCUCUCUUCCCCAAAAAAACCGUGGAGAAGGUGCACGAAAACACAAUGACGACGUAUUUCGACCCACACCUUCUGAGGCUCUCGAUGGCCAUGUCCGCCCAAGGCGUUGUCAAGCACUUCCUCACAGAAGGGGACUCACUCAUCCUUUCCCGCUUCAGCUCGCUCAAAGACCAAGGCGGCUACGCUCUCGCGAACAACUAUGGCUCAUUAGUGGCACGCAUUGUCUUCCUCCCAAUGGAAGAGACAUCCCGUCUUUUCUUUUCUAAGACCCUCUCCGCACCAGACGCGCUCCCCUCCUCCCCCGAUCCUUCAAGUUCUAACCCCGCGCCCUACCCACAACCGCUCACCGCCCUCCAAGCAGCAGCAGACGUCCUCUCCUCUCUAAUGCUAUGCGACACUCACCUCCUCCUGUUCUUCCUCUCCCUCGGUCAUCCUCUCGCCUCAACACUCCUCACCUACCUCCUACCAAAGCGGUACCUUGCCACCUCCGCCCCUCGUGUCCUUACCGGCUACUGCCUCUAUCUCCCAACGAUGGCCUUCAAUGGGAUCCUGGAAGCGUUCUUCGCCUCCACGGCUGAGCAAGCAGACCUGCGUCGUCAAUCCUGGGCACUUCUAUUGUUCUCCGCGACAUUCCUCUGUGCUGCUCUAGGCCUCAUGCGCACUCUAGAGCUAGGCGAGCUGGGCUUAGUCUAUGCGAACACGCUCAAUCUAGGACUACGCGCCGCAUACUCCUGGGUCUACAUACGACAGUACUUCACCGCCCGAGGGCAAGCGGGACUCGUAAGCCUCAAACGCGCCUCCCCUCCUUGGGUAGUAUGGACGACCUUCCUCCUUGCCGGUGCGCUGCUCCGGGUAAGCGAGAGGAGGAAAGAGGCAUCUCUGUCCGGGGAUCUGACGCACUUGGGAUUGGGAGUAGCCUGCGGGCUUGUUUGUUUGGGAGUUUGGUCAGUCUUUCCUUCCCUGACUUUGACAGAAUGCUGA